CGCCCCCCGCGUUCCCGCCCCCCCCGCGCAGGACGCGGCCGUUCCCGCUCGUUGUGGCCGAGCGCGACCUCGGCGAUGUCCGGCCCGGCCCAGGAGCCCGACAGCGGGGCUGAGUCCCUCUCCUCGGAUGAAAAAGAGGUGACCCCCAGCAGCCUGGAGGGAUCAGGAUCAGCAGAGGAGCACCCUGAGGGAGAAGCCAGUUCUGAAGGCAGCUCCAGCAGCAGCUCAGAAGAGGAGUCAGAUGAAGAAGAGGAGGAGAAGGAAUCCUCACCUCACUGCAAUGACUCAGGAGAGAGCUCCGUGCCACCACCCUGUGAGCACUGCAGGAAUGAAAAUGACCAGAAGGAGCAAGUGACCCCCAGGAGACUUGCUGGAGGACAAUUCAUGGUGCAGCUGGAUGCAGAAGGCUCCUACCAGUGCAGCGUCACAGGGCUGAUUUUCGAGGUGACAGGCAGUGCCAGGAUCACAUAUUCCCUGUUGUCCUGGAGCAAAUAUGCCCAGCUGGUGGAGAAGCCCUGGAUCGUGGGGGGACCCCUGUUCGACGUGCGCUGCUCGGCGCCCGCCCUGCUCAGCUCCAUCCAGUUCCCACACUGCCUCUGCCUGGGGGAUCACCGUGCUCCUGUGGCAUUCAGGGUGCUGCACAUCAAGGACAGCGGCGCGGCCAUCGAGCCCUCGGCCGAGUUCUCGACGUCCCACGUCAAGUGGGUGGUGAGCUCCUUGUCCCCUGUGGGGCCCCUGAUCCAGAGCCAGGAGCCCCUGCAGUACCACGGGGCUGUCAUCCUCUACAAAGUCAUCGAUGAGGACCCCUCGCUGUCCUUCUGGGUCUACCUGGCCACCAACAACGAGUCCUUCAUCAAGGACAUCUCCAAGGCUGUAAAACACUCAAAAAGGAAAUUUGUUAAAAUUGAAAAGCCCCCUGUAUGCCAAAAAUUGCUGCAGGAAGGAAAGAAGUACAGACUGAGGUGUGAGCCAGAGGCUGAAAUAACUCCUGAGGAGAUUGAAUUUGUUGAUGGGUCACUCCUGAAGCUGAAGAGUUACUUUGAGGUGUAUUUGGAGAAGCCUGAUGACUUCACCUUGUCCCUGGUGGAGCAGGACUCGGAGCAGACCGUGUGGAAAGCCAAACUCCGAGAGAGGGAUUGGAUCCACUAUGAGCAGAACCUGAACGAGCAGAGGAAGCGCACGGCCAGUGUGAAAAAGAGGAAACCACCCCUCAGCAUCCAGGAGGAACAGGAGCUGCACAGCAAGAAGCAAAAAACUGGGAGCCCUGCAGAUGGAAUGGGAGCCAAGUGUCUGACAGACGACCAGCUGGUGAAGAUUGCCCAUCUGCUGGACCAGCACUGGAGGGAAAUGGCCAUCGAGUGUCUCCAGAUGGAGAUGAAGGACAUUGAGAACAUCACAGCCACAGAGAAGAAUGUGGUCUGGCAGAAAGUGACAAUGUUGAAGAAGUGGAGAGACAGACAGCAGGGCAAUGGAACUGCAGAGGCUUUGCAGAGGAGCCUGGGGGAAAAAGCCACCUACGAGAUCCUGCAGGCACUGCAAGGUUUCUUGGCUCAGAGCUGAGCCAAGGAAGGAGGAGGAGGAGUGGGAGCUUCCCAACCCAACCCUUCUGCUCCCCUGGGAUCCUGCUGGGGUUCAGGAAUGUUCAUGACACCACCCAGUGGGAAGUUCAGGCAGGAUCCUCCAGAGAAAUGGAAUUUUGUGUGGAUUGAAGCCACUUCCAAGAUUUCCAGCAGAGGUGGAUCCCAGAAUUCUGAGCUUCACCCCCAGGGAAAGCCACAAACACUGGAAGAAACCACUUGGUUCUUUUUCAUCAAAAAAAAGAAAAAGAUUUUUAUUUCCAGCAGGGAAAAACAGGGUGAGGAAUUCCCCUGGAAACUUUCAUCCCCUUCCAAAAACCACUGAACUGCCAGAAUCAUGAGGUACCUUGGAUUUCUCAUGGAUCAGGGAAGAAUAAUCCUGGACUUGUAGCAAAUCCCUUUGCAUAAUCACUGUAUAUGUGGAAUUACUGUACAGAUCCUCUGCAUCCAGUCCUUGUUAAGCUAUGGUUCUGAAAUUCCUGAAAAUUCCUGAAAUUCCUGAAAUUUCCUGAAAUUCUCAAAAAUGGGAGCACCACUAUGAACUGCAGGCAGCUCAGAAUUUCCCCAUGGAAUUUCUUCUCCCCCCUUUUCUGUAUAGUUUGUCUCUUUUUUUUAAGAUGUAGAAUUUUUUUUUUUUGUACAAGAAACUUUUUAUACUUCUUUUGGUUUUUUUACUUUUUUAUUCAAACUUGAAUAGAAUUUAGGGGCUUAAAAUGUGAGGAGCUGAAAUCCCUGUGCUGCAGGAUUGGAAAAAAAAAAAUUGGGAAAAAUUGAAUCUGCAGGAGAGAGGAGUGACCAGAUCCAGGAUUGUCUUGUUUUUAAGGCUGUGGGAUAUUGGGAUCACCUUCCUCUGGGUGUGUUUGGGAAAGGAAAACAUACUUUUGAAAAAUAAGGAUUAAACAGGGAAAAUUGCCAUGA